AUAUUCAUAAACAUUUCUUAUCUAGAUAGUCUUACGUUAUGUUAGGACCAAUCUAAUAAAAUAUCGAAAAUUCGAAGCAUUAAUUUUUUCUAUGGUUAGUUUUUUAAAUCUCAGAAAUAUUUUAUCUGAUGAUAAAAUAACUAUGAUAACAACAUAUAGAGAUAACCCUGAUGCUAACUUGAUUUAGAUAAUACUCAUUAACACAUAUGUUGGAAAGGCACGAGAAAAAUUGUAAUAAUUUAUCAUUCAAUACUUUGAAAGAAUAUCUUCAACCUAUCACCCGAAAUGGAAAGGAAUCCUGGUUGUGAAUUAGAUUUAGGUUGGCUGAACAAUGUCCAUGUCAACUCCACUGCAGUGAAAGAGUCAGUUUGUUAUUACAUAUCCGAUAAAGAAAUAAGUAAAGAGUAUGAAGCUGCCUGGUUGCUUAAAGCUAUAACUUGCAUAGAUCUCACAACUUUAGGGGGAGACGACACUAAGAGUAAUGUAGCAAGAUUAUGUCGUAAAGCUAUGGGUCCUCUGCCUGAAAAUAUCUUGAGCAUGUUGGAAGUCAAUGAUGAUAAUUUUCCAAUCAGACCUGCUGCAGUAUGUGUUUACCCUUCCAGAGUUAAAGAUGCUGUUGAAGAAUUAGAUAAGUUGGAACUCCAAAAUAAAAUAAACAUUGCAUCAGUUGCUACGGGUUUUCCAAGUGGCCAGAUGCCCCUUCAAACACGUCUAGAUGAAAUAAAAUAUGCCAUAGAACAAGGAGCCACUGAGAUUGAUAUUGUGAUCAACAGAACUCUAGUACUUACAGGUAAAUGGCAGGAACUAUAUCAGGAAAUCCAGCAGAUGAAAGAAGCAUGUGGACCUGGCGUUCACAUGAAAGCAAUCUUGGCAGUAGGCGAACUUGAUUCUUUCAAUAAUGUCUACAAAGCUUCUCUUGUGGCAAUGAUGGCAGGUACAGAUUUCAUUAAAACUUCAACAGGUAAAGAAGCUGUAAACGCUACGCUUCCAUAUGGUUUAGUGAUGACUAGAGCGAUUAGAGAAUAUUACAUGAAGAUGGGAUAUAAGGUUGGGUUGAAACCAGCUGGUGGAAUCAGAACAAGUAGAGAUGCCAUUAAUUGGCUUAUUAUGGUUAAAGAAACCUUAGGAAUUGAAUGGUUGACAAGUGAUUUUUUUAGGUUCGGAGCAUCAGGUUUAUUGGAAGAUAUUGAGGCAACUCUUCAUGAAUUUUGUUAUGGAUAUAAGCCCUCUUUAAUUAUGAUGCGAUGAAAAAACACCCUUUUAUUGUUGUUGAAAUUGAAAAUAUAAUAAAAUGUUGCAAAUUUUUCUACAAAUUUAUAUUGUUGUAUAUGUUUUGAAUAAAUAGAUUUUCAUGAAA